AUGUUUAGACGUAUAUUUGGCUCUAUUUUAAAUCUUCUUGGUAUAGAACAAAAAGAAGAGGACAACCUAGAAGAAGAAGAAGUUGUACAAUUCAAUUUAUUGCUAUUACCAAAUGUAGUAAUUAGAUACAUCAUUCAACAGAUUGAUUUGGAUGCUGAAAGAAUAUGUUUGCAUGCUACAUGUCAUCGACUGUUUGACCUAAGAAGAAGAUUCAUCGAUCAUGUCGGUGUUGCAAGACUACCCACUACAGUAGUUUCAAAGGCUGAAAGUAUAUUUCUUCCAAUCAAUAAUUUUGACCUAAUAUCAAGGGACAGAGACUAUUAUUUCAAUUCAUUGCCUAGAUUAGUUCUCACCAAGAUCAUUUCAUCGUGUGAUUUGACGGUUUUCAAGUCAUUGCGAUACUUGUUUAUAGAGGGUAUCGCCGAACAGAUAGACAUCUCAGAGAUACGAUUACCACCGUCGCUCACUGCACUCACUAUUGGCGAUGGAUCAUACUAUUCAAACAAUUUUACUGUACCCACCAAAACAAUACCUCAUGGUUGGUUGCCAGAAGGAUUACGCAACUUGGAAUUCAUUGGACUGGCUCCACCUGUAAUAGUAGACAUGUACUCUAAAUUACCUGUAUCCCUUAAAACAUUGGAAGGAUGUUUUAUACCCCAACCACUACCCUAUCAUUUGGAGCAUCUAUAUUGUCACAGUACUCUUAAAUUAAAUAUUAUUGCAGACAUUAAUAAUGAUAUUGGACCGAGAUUAAAAAAAGUAUAUCUAAAAUACUAUGAUCAAGAUACAAUUGAUCAAUUACCAUCAUCAUUGGAAAUAUUAAAUAUCAAACUUAUUGGUUUAGACAGUAUUAUUUCCGUACCUUUUAAUCAAUUACCAAAUCUACGUCAUAUUGGAAUACCUCAAAUAUUUAAUAGUGUCACCAACAAACAUUUUUUUACUCAACUACCAAAUAAUAAUCAUCUACAGACAGUUGGUAUAUACAAUCCAAUUAAACCUUGGUAUGAUUUCUACUUGGAACUUCCACUAUCCUCUGUCAGAAACAAAAGAAAUGUAACAUCUUUUGAAAAGGCAAUACUUUCAAGUAAUCAUUUGGGAGCACUUAGGGAUCGACAUUCCAAAACAAUAUUACAAAUUAGACUAUUUGACAAGAAAAACCAAGUUUAUCUUUUAAUAAUCAAUGACAAAUACGGUUCAACCAAUACAAUUAAAAUGAAAUUUCAGUCCUCUGACAUUUUAGAUAUAUUACAAAAAUAUAGUGGUCCAUCUCGUGGUCAGUUUAUAGAUAAAAAUAUAAUAUAA